AUGAUCCGUCUGUUGCUUUUAUGCAACAUUUUUGCUCUUCAUUCCGUUUACGGUAAUGAUAGCACUGUUGCCCAGGCAAACAACCAGUGGGAGUCAAUUCAACCGAUUCUUUCGAAUUAUGAUUUGAAUCGAACCUGCUGCUCGGAUGAGUAAGUCUUUUCCAAUUUUUGCUGUCGUCAUGAUUCCUGAUUUUUUCAUUAUUUUAAAAAUCGCAGCUCUUAUUGGUCAUGAAUUUCGAGGUUUCUUAUUCGAAUUGGAUAACUUUUUUCAAAAAGAUAUCAAUCACAGGAGACACGGAGACAAUGCCGACAUUCACGAUUCAAUUUUUCUAAUAAUAAUGCUCUUUUUUUGAAGAUUUUUUUCAAAUACUGCUUUUUAAAGAUUCUAAAAAAGAUCAGAAAUUCAAAAACUCUUCAUAAAAAUUAAUUUGUUUGAAAGUUUAAAAUUGACAAAUUUCUAAUAGUUUACUUUUCAGCCAAUCUUCUAUUUCUGCCGAACCGGACUACGAAUAUCCAUAUAAACACUUAAAAGUUGUUGUCGUCUCCGACACACACAAAGUUAACCAACAGUUUCAAUUGUUGAUGGAUGAAGUAAUUGAUUAAAAAACGUUUUUUUAUAAAUUUUUUUUACAGCCCGAAUACAACAAAGGCGAUGUUUUUAUUCACGCAGGGGACUUCACAAGUCUUGGGACAAGCGAUGAAAUUGUCAAGUUCAAUACUUUUCUGGGUAAGCUUACUUAUAAGCGGUAAACGUUAAAAUCUUAUAAAUUUGUUUCGAUUUCAAAUAAAAAAUUUUUCUGUACUUUUGCAAAAUUUUAAAUGGAAACGAAAAAUUGUAAUUCAGGAAAACUCAAGUUCCGACACAAGUUGGUCGUAGCGGGUCAUCGGGAACUUGGUUUCGACCCAGUUGAAGACCUUUCUCUGAGAGCUGGAGAUAGAACCGGUCGAGGAACUAAAAAUGGCUUCAAAUAUUUGACCAAUGCCCGUUAUCUUCACGAUGAGGCUGUGGUGGUACGUUUUUUUUUAAUCAGUUUUCUUGGCAAAAAAAAAAUUACAUAAGCUGAUAAAAAAAGCCUUUUUCACUUAUAUGCAUAUUUUCUCAUCAAUGAUUCUCAGGUUCGAAAUAAAUAUAACGCAUGAAACUCUUUUUCAUUCAAACAUAGUUUUUGGAAAAGCACAGAAGGGCUAAAAACAGGUUCAAAAGGAAAAAAAAGAGACUAAUAAAAUUAUAACGCAUUUGAAGAAAGUUUUUCGACUCAAAAAGCAAAAAAAAAAGCCAGAAUUCUGACGCGUGCCUGAGUUAGAAAAUUGAGAAUCAGAAUGAAACACUUCUUGGCUUUCAGAAGUUUAAGUCAGCAUUAUUAAUCGCAUAUUCAAGGUUAUGGAGUUCUAGAUCGACGGCGUCAAGUUCUUCGGAACGCCGUACCAUUUCCAGUCGGGUUAUCCGUUUUACCUCGACCGGAAUAACAAGAGAGAGCUUCGGGCUUGGAAUUCGAUUCCCAGAGAUGUCGAUGUGCUGAUCACUCACUCGCCUCCAUUAGGUUUCAUGUUUCUGGCUUGCUUUCAUUUUGAAAACCGUCCAGGAAUUCUCGACUUUGAUGGAAAGGACCAUUGGGGCUCACACACUCUUCUGUGGAAAGAUUUUCAGUUCAAACCGCAGUGAGUAAAGAACAAAUAUUCAUUUCUUCUUCUUAUUUUCGAUUCCACGUGUUUGGCAACAUACUCGCCGAUUAUGGCUCCAUACAAAGCAACUAUACGGUUUGAAUUUGAUUGAUAUUAUUAACCUUCGUUUUUUUUUCCAGACCUUCAUCAACGCUGCUUUGGAAAAGCCCUAUUCCAAUUCAUACUAUCAUGGAACCGACAGAAAACCUUUCGUUUUUUAUGUCCGUAGUAAAAACUGA